GUAAAUUGCAGAAAAAAGGGAGAAAGUAGCCUUCUGUUGUUGUUCUCUUCGCCUCUUUUCCUCGUCCCCAAAGCCGAUUCUCUCCGGCUUUCCCUCUCUUCGACGUAUGGCUUCCCUCGGCACCGACGUCAGCAUGGUUCCGGCCGGGGAGGGUUCGAGCGCCGCCCAGGCGCCUUCGUCGUCCUCGGUGGUGGCCUCCUCCUCCUCGAAGAAGCCGAAGAGGUUCGAGAUCAAGAAAUGGAAUGCCGUCGCCCUCUGGGCAUGGGACAUCGUGGUGGAUAACUGUGCUAUUUGUAGGAACCACAUCAUGGACCUCUGCAUUGAGUGCCAGGCUAAUCAGGCUAGUGCGACGAGUGAGGAGUGCACUGUGGCUUGGGGUGUUUGCAAUCACGCCUUCCAUUUCCAUUGCAUCAGUCGGUGGCUCAAGACUCGUCAAGUUUGCCCUCUGGACAACAGUGAAUGGGAGUUCCAGAAGUAUGGUCACUAGAAUCGAUAACUUCGCUGCUCCAACAGUGUGGAUUCUGCUUUAGUAACUAUUUAGAAGAAAACCUUUUAUGUGCUGGAUUAUUCAUAUGUUAGUUUACUAUCGUUUUCACUCUCCUAGCAUCCUUGUGUGCCACUGUGAACUUGUUAAUGAAUAUAGCUGCUGAGCAAUCUGUUGA